AGCUCAAUGAAAAACAUGUCGCUCGGCUGGAGCGUGUGUCCCAGGCUGCUGCCUCUGCGGCGUUGUCUCCUUCAGUGUCGCCACGUUAGUUCAGAAAGCGCCGCGAGGACGGCUGCUGUGGACCAAGUGCUCUCCGUCUUCAGGUCCAUAUGUGGCGAGGAUGGCGUUUCCUUGGGCGAAGCUGUCAGAGAACAACAYGGCAAAGACGAAUCCGUACACAAGUGUCGUCCCCCAGAUGCGGUGGUGUUUCCUCGCUGCGUGGAGGAAGUUAGCGCUCUGGCCAAAGUCUGCCACAAGCACAAGCUUCCCAUCAUCCCCUUUGGCACAGGGACUGGCCUGGAGGGAGGGGUCGGUGCUGUGAAGGGUGGUGUGUGCUUCAGUUUAAGGAACAUGGACCAGAUCCUGGACCUCCACCCKGAGGACUUCGAUGUGACGGUGGAGCCUGGUGUGACUCGGAAAGCCCUCAAUGCGUACCUGCGAGACACGGGCCUCUGGUUCCCUGUGGAUCCUGGAGCGGAUGCCUCUCUGUGUGGCAUGGCUGCCACCAGUGCYUCUGGUACUAAUGCAGUGCGUUAUGGGACUAUGAGGGAAAACGUCAUGAACCUAGAGGUGGUUCUGUCCGAUGGAGCCAUCAUCCACACGGCUGGAAGAGGCCGACGCCCCAGAAAAACSUCGGCCGGCUACAACCUGACAAACCUGUUUGUGGGUUCUGAAGGCACCCUGGGAAUCAUCACCAAAACCACGUUACGUCUCUACGGCAUCCCAGAGGCCAUGGUGUCCGCCGUCUGCUCGUUUCCCUCCGUCCAGGCCGCCGUAGACAGCACCGUGCAGAUCCUGCAGGCUGGAGUCCCCAUCGCUCGCAUAGAGUUUCUGGAUGAUGUGAUGAUCGACGCCUGCAACAGGUUCAGCUCCCUGUCCUACCCCGUGACCCCGACUCUGUUCCUGGAGUUCCACGGAUCUGAACGGAGCCUGGAAGAGCAGGUCGCCACAGCGGAGGAAAUCACGCAGAGUAACGAAGGCUCAGACUUUCAGUGGGCUCGGGACACAGAAACACGAAAUCGUCUGUGGAAGGCCCGCCAUGACGCCUGGUACGCCGCGCAGGCUCUCAGACCAGGCUGCAAGGCGUACUCCACAGACGUGUGUGUCCCGUUGUCUCAACUGCCUCAGAUCAUCGUUGAGACAAAGGAGGACCUGACUGAGAACAGACUGACUGGUCCCAUCGCAGGUCAUGUGGGUGACGGUAACUUCCACUGUCUGAUGGUUGUGGAUCCCAGCGACCCGGAUGAGCUUCACAGAGUCCACCUGUUCACGGAGAGGCUGGCCCGGCGAGCACUGGCCAUGGACGGAACGUGCACGGGGGAGCACGGGGUGGGUUUAGGAAAGAGAGCGCUGCUGUGUGAGGAGGUGGGACCUCUGACCAUCCAGGUCAUGCAGGGUCUGAAGGAUACCCUCGACCCAAACAACCUGAUGAAUCCUGGGAAAAUCCUGCUGCAAGGAGGGCUAUAGACUGUAGGGACUACAGCUAAAUUUUAGAACUUUCCCAUAAAAAGUGAACCUCGUGUUUGAAUCAGGAUUACAAUAAAAUCCGAAGGAUAAAACUUUUAAAUGUGAACAAGCAAGUAAUUUUAAUCGUUGUGACUAAAACAUUUUAGAUUUUCACAAAUCUAAUUAAAUAUUUAUUGUAAACUAUYGAAUUGGUGCCAUUAAAAUCAGUUAAAGUGGUUUGAACUAAUCAGAAAGUGGUUUUAACUGAUUCCAGCGUUGAUCCUGCAGUACUUCGCUCCACCACACAGUGUCAGCAGAGGGUCUCUGUGUGACAGAUCUCAUGUGAAUCACAUUAGAAAUGGAUAAAAUAAAAUGUUUGUUUCUGCCUUSGUGGUUUGUUACCAUUGUUGUUCCAGUUCACAGACAUAAACUGAACAUCAAGAGAGCGAUAGCUGUCCUGAAACGCUCACAGAGCUUCGAAGCUACAAUAAACAUCUCUAAGAUUGAAA